AUGGCUUCACUUGUGCCUCUACCGCCGUUUGCCCCAGCCUCUGAAUCAUGGGACUCCUACCUCACUCGGUUCGACUGCUACCUCCAAGCAAAUGAGCUGACAAGAGUGUCUGUAGAGCAGAAGCAGGGCCUCUUCCUUCAGCCUUUGUGGCCCCGAAGUGUUCGCGACGGCCCAAGCAUUGGUUGCGCCUCUAGCAGUCCAGGCACGAUUCAAGAGAAGCUCUGCAACCACUAUGCGCCAAAGCCGUCCAAGAUUACUGACUGCCAUGCGUUCUACCACCGGAACCAGGCAGAGUGGAAGUCAAUUAACAACUACACCACCACCCUCCAACAGGCUGCAAUACACUGCGAGUUCCGAGACUUAGACGAUGCCCUGAUGGAUCAAAUCGUCUGCGGGGUCCGGGACAUCUGUCUGCAACGGCUUAUCCUUGCCAAGCCAGACCUCACACUGCAGAAAGCCAUUGAGGAGGCCAUGGCCUUGGAAGCUGCUGAACUCUCCGCCCAGGAAAUCUGCAAGGCCAGUAGCCUGUAUUUAAAAGACUAUGUUCACUGGGCAAACUGCACAUGUAAAGCUGUUUGGUGA